AUGAUGAGCGUGGACUGCGGCUUUGCGGGCUACUUUCCCGUCCAGAUCGGACACGUCUUCGAAGACCACGACGGGGGCACAUACGAGGUCGUUCGAAAGAUCGGCUGGGCAGCCUAUUCCAACGUCUGGCUUGCGCUGUACCGAAGGGAUGGAGGCGAACGGUACGUGGUGGUCAAAGUCCUGACCAUCCUCGCGACGCGCGGAGACUCCGCCGAGCUCGCGAUCUAUCGCCGUUUCCAUGAGCUGCGAGCCUGCGAGACCCAGGACCACCCUGGAUUUUGCCAUCUGGUGGAACCGCUGGCUCUCUUUACUGCCGAAAGCAAGUACGGCCCCCACCGCUGCAUCGUGACGGCGCCGUACGGAUCGACUGUGGACGACCUCCAGACGGGGCAACUCCAUGCGCGCUUCCGAUUGCCAGUGGUGAAGCGCAUAGUGCGCCAGACGCUCCUCGCACUGGAUUUUCUGCACAGGGAGAUGAAGGUCGUGCAUGCAGAUGUCAAAGCAUCGAAUCUCUUCAUCAAGCUGAACAUCGGUCACGACGAUCUCAAGCGCUACUUGCAUGAUCACCCAUCGGAAAACCACGCUCCAGAAUACGCCAAACAGUGGGUUGGCCCAUCGGUGACCGUGAAGACCCAGCCUCUUCCGAAUGUUGGACUUGAUCCAUCGGUCGAGAACAUAGAUGUGUCUCUGGGAGAUUUUGGUGGAUCCGUGUUCCUCGAUGACCUUACCCCAGAAACAGAAAACGUUACUCCAUCCCCCCUUCGCGCACCCGAGGUGAUCCUGGCGCACCCUUGGUCGACACCAUCGGACAUCUGGUCACUAGGAUGCAUGGCGUUCGAGACCCUUACCGGCUCCUCGCUCUUCCAGUGCUCCCGCACCCCCAGGCUCAGUCAAGUGGAGGUCCACCUCGCCCGCAUCGCGGAGCACCUCGGGCCCUUCCCGCGCGACUUCCUCGACCGCUGUGCAGCCCGUGACAAGUACUUCACCCCCGACGGAGAGCUGAAGCAGGUCCCGCCGCCGCUUUCCGGCCCGCUCGAGGACUGGCUCACGAAUUUCCCGCACAUCCGGCAGGAGAUGUCGGCGCACGAGGUGGGCGCGACCGCCGCGUUUCUGCGCCGCUGCCUCGCCAUUCGUCCCGAAGAAAGGGCUACCGCAGCGGAACUCCUGGAGGACGAGUGGUUUGCGUCGGCGUGA